AUGAACGGUAUACUAGGCACCGCGCCCCCUGGCACGUUAUACGUGCGUGCCUUGUACGACUAUGAGGCCGACGACCGAACCAGCCUGAGCUUCCACGAGGGCGACGUCAUCCAGGUCAUCACUCAGCUGGAAAGUGGGUGGUGGGAUGGUGUGAUCAAUGGAGUCCGCGGAUGGUUUCCAAGUAACUAUUGCCAGGCCAUCACGAACCCCGAAGAGAUCCCCGAGCAUAUGCAAAAUGGCGACGGAGAGAACGGAGAUGAUGAGUUGGAGGAUCGAGUAGUAUACGAGGAAGAAUACGAAGACGACAAUGAGUCGGAUCAAGAUGAUUUCAACGCGUUGCCUCUUGAGGGCACAAGAACUACUAGGAAAUCUGGCGCCGACUUCUGGAUACCACAAGCCACGCCUGACGGGAGAUUGUUUUACUAUAAUACGAUGACUGGAGAAAGCAGCAUGGAACUCCCGCUCGAGUCACCCACUUCCUUCAACGAAAAUGGGCCGAGGGACCGCAUGAACGUGAACAUGCCGGAGAAAACAAGACUUCCUCCGGAGAUGAUGGCCCGAGGUUUGAUGCAAGACGAGGACGAUGAUUCAGAAGCGACCUCAGCUUCGGAGCUCGAAGGUGAAUUGCUCAUGAAGAGCUCUAUAAGCUCCCUACCUCCUCGGCGUCGCGCUUUCGGUAGCGAGAGUGUUGGGGUCUCUCCGUCACCGUCUAUGGACUCUAUGAAUGGCUCACAGGGUAUACGAUCGCGAGCUGAGACUUACAUAAACACUAAUAUCCCAUUGUCCGCUGCCGGCCACGUGCCGACGUUGGCAUCUGCCACAUCUUUCACCGGUACCAGCUUCAAUCUCCCGCAAGCUGCCACGAUACCUCGCUCCUUUUUUGACGACGGCACUGCCCAACCUCUAACAUGGAACCUCCUCAUAGCAAAUAUGAAGCACGCUAUCGAUCGCUACAAGGAUGCCAUUAUGACUAACAACCGGUCGGAAUAUGUUGCCCGCGCUGAGGAUAUUUCUGAUCACUUGCGACUACUCUUGGCGGCUGGAUCGGGGACUACUGACAACCAUUCUGGGCAGCCCUCCAUUAUUUCCACUAAUAAGGCGCUCUAUCCUCACUUCCGAGAUAUGAUGUCGAAGUUCUCGAAGCUAGUUAUUUCGUCGCAUAUAGCUGCGGCGGACUGGCCGAACGCCGAGUCAGUCCAGAAAUGCUUGCAGGAAGCCGACGGCGUACUUGGUGGUGUUUUCAGCUUUGUCGAGGUCGCGAGGCAGCAAAGGGGCGAAGAGAUCCCACGCCUCUUCCCUGGCUUCGUCAUCGGCAGUACAACGGGAGGCAGCUGGCAGAACAAUGGACUUGGCCCUCGCGAUCCCAUUACGUCGAAUUUCUUUGAGGACGACGAUGGUUCUAACGAGCCAACUGCUAUGUUGGACGGAAGACUUCUCGAAAGGCUCGACGAGUAUAAGAGGAUGCUGGUUUCCAGCAUUAGGGAGCUAGAGAAAAAUUUGGGGGUAUCCGAGAAGGUCGUAUCUCCGUAUAAGCAUGAGCUCAUUGGCAACAACGUAUGCAUCGCUGGUGGGAGGGUGUUGGAGAUGUUCAAGCCUUGGGUUGCGCUGAUCGAGUCUAUCGACCUAUCGUCAUUGGGUGAUACUUUUCAGACACCCCAGCUCGCCGAUUUCAGCACCAACAAACAAAGCAUCUACGACAACAUAUCCGACCUCGUCCUAGGAUGCCAAGCCGUUGCUGGUCCUUUAGGGGAUGAAUGGAGCGAGGUCCGUGGCGAGUCGUUAGAAGGCAGGUUCGACUAUGUCAGGCAAUGUGCGAGAGCCUUGGAAAUGAACUCGUCUCACAUUGGGCUUUCGCUCCAGCUCCUUUCUGAACAGGUGCAAAUUAAUACACACGAGACCCGCAUGCGAGAAGACAGCCUAUCGAGGGAUUAUCCCAGGAGGGAUACGAUGCCUACUUACGGCUCACUACAUCUCCGCGUAGAUUCUCGUAGUCCAUUAGAUGGUAGGCCAGGCCUCAUGGGCUCUUUAUCCUAUACCGAAGGGGACAGUCCACCCAUACACAGAAAGGCCGGUGAUAUGUCAAAGGCUGCACGAAUUUUGGGAGAAAGCGCCGUACCCCAAACUCCUAUCCAACAAGUCGAGGAAACGCCUCCGUUCUUACGACUUGACCUUGAACAAGACUUAUCCUGGGAUCUCAAGGUCACACCAGCAGCCGUCAAGGGUGGUUCAUUAUUAGCUUUAGUCGAGCAACUCACAAGGCACGAUAAAUCCGACUUUAGCUUCAACAACACGUUCCUCUUAACAUACCGAUCCUUCACCACGGCCCGAGAGUUAUUCGAGCUUCUAGUCAAGCGUUAUAACAUUCAACCUCCAGAAGGGUUGAGCAAUGGGGAUUAUGAGAUGUGGAGAGAUCGAAAGCAGAAGUUGAUUCGGUUCCGAGUGGUAAAUAUCAUCAAGAGUUGGUUCGAAAACUACUGGAUGGAAGAGCGGACCGAUGAGACGAGGCAGCUGAUCCGCGACGUGUACGCGUUCGCAAGGGACGCUGUUAAAUCUACAGAGACGCCCACUGCCAGCAAUUUAAUAACUAUCCUAGACCAGCGGCUCAGCGGGAAGGAUGCCCUAUCCAAACGCCUCAUCCAAACACCUGCGAACAAUGUCCCACCGCCAAUCAUGCCGAAGAACAUGAAGAAACUCAAGUUCCUCGAUAUCGACGUGACUGAAUUCGCUCGCCAGUUGACGAUAAUCGAGUCCAAACUCUACGGCCAGAUCAAGCCGACGGAAUGCCUUAACAAGACGUGGCAGAAGAAGGUUGGCGAAAAAGAGCCCGAACCAGCGCCGAACGUGAAGUUGUUGAUUCUUCAUUCUAACCAAAUGACAAAUUGGGUUGCCGAGAUGAUCUUGGCCCAGAUGGAUGUAAAGAAGCGAGUGAUUGUCAUUAAACAUUUCGUUUCCGUCGCAGAUAAAUGUCGGGGUCUUAACAACUUCUCUACCCUGACCUCUAUUAUCUCCGCCCUCGGCACAGCACCCAUUGCUCGUCUGAAGCGAACCUGGGAUCAAGUUCCAGCUCGAACUAUAGCAGUUCUAGAGACAAUGCGACGUCUGAUGGCAAGCACGAAGAACUUUGGUGAAUACAGAGAGGCUCUGCAUGCUGCGAACCCUCCAUGUAUCCCUUUCUUUGGCGUUUAUCUCACUGAUCUCACUUUCAUCGAAGAUGGUAUUCCUUCGAUUAUCAAGAAGACUAACAUGAUUAAUUUCGCCAAGCGUGCCAAAACGGCCGAUGUGAUUCGCGACAUCCAGCAGUACCAAAAUGUGCCAUAUUCCCUUCAGCCUGUGCCAGAACUGAAGGAUUAUAUUCUCAGCAACAUGCAAGCUGCCGGGGACGUACAUGAGAUGUACGAUAAGAGUUUGGUGGUGGAGCCGCGCGAGCGUGAGGACGAGAAGAUUGUCAGAGUUUUGGCCGAGUCCGGAUUCUUAUGA